AUGGCUUCCACCGCGAAACUCGACAUCCGGCCAUCCGCCGAAGAGGCCCGCUCUGUUUUUGAGCAGGCCCGCCAAGCCAGUCCACGGCCAACCCUCCUUCCCGUUUGCUACUCAGUUCCCUCGGACCUGUUGACGCCAUCUGCCAUCUACCUCAAGCUCUCCAACGGUGCCACCACUGAGUAUUCAUUCCUUCUCGAGAGCGCCACCGGUAGCACUGGGACGAUUGGCCGUUAUAGUUUCAUCGGUGCCAAUCCCAGAAAAGUGCUGGCCACCGGCCCCGGAUAUGAAGAUGUCGGCGACCCCCUCCGUGCUCUUGAGAGUACUCUCGGUCAGGACCGUGUUCUCAGCAUCCCAUCACUGAGACUCCCCAGUCUGACCGGAGGUGCUGUCGGGUACUUGUCCUAUGACUGCAUCAGGUACUUUGAGCCCAAGACGGCCAGAGUUCUCAAGGACAACCUACAGAUCCCCGAGGCGCUCUUUAUGCUUUUCGACACCAUCGUCGCCUUUGACCACUUUUACCAGACCGUUACCAUUGUGACUCACAUGAGACUACCAGAAACCGUCGGGGAUGAGUUCCAAGCUGCCUACGACGAGGCCGCUGCCACAAUCAAGUCCACUCUCGACCUUAUUCAACAGAACGAGAUUCCUCUUCCACCCGCGACACCCAGCAAGCCGGCCUCGGAGCAGCAAUAUUCAUCAAACGUUGGCCGUCAUGGCUAUGAGACCUUUGUCACUGAGCUCAAAAAGCACAUCAUCAAAGGCGACAUCAUUCAGGCUGUCCCAUCACAACGCUUUUCCCGAAGCACCAGCCUGCAUCCAUUCAACAUCUAUCGCACAUUGCGGUCCCUGAACCCAUCCCCCUAUCUCUUCUUCCUGUCUUGCUCCGACUUCCACAUUAUCGGCGCUUCACCAGAAUGUCUUAUGAAGACAGACGGCUACGCUGACCUUCCUGAAGACGAAAGAUUUGGCUACUCUGCGCAAGACGCCCUUUCCCGCCCGAAGAUUGUCAACCAUGCCAUCGCAGGCACCAUCAAGCGCGGCGCCAACCCCGCCGAGGAUGAUGAACUUGCCGCCAUUCUCCAAAAUAGCACCAAGGAUCGCGCCGAACACGUCAUGCUUGUUGAUUUGGCCCGCAACGACGUCAACCGCGUUUGCCACCCCUCUACUGUCAAGGUUGACCGCCUCAUGCGCAUUGACCGUUUCUCUCAUGUUCAGCAUCUGACGUCAGAGGUAUCGGGACUGCUGAGGCCAGAAUGCACACGCUGGGAUGCCAUGCGCAGCAUCUUCCCCGCUGGCACUGUCUCUGGCGCUCCCAAGAUCAAGGCUAUGGAGCUGAUCUACGACUUGGAGAAGGAGAAGAGAGGCAUUUACGCCGGCGCUACCGGAUGGUUCGCCUACGAUGUAGUCCGUUCCCUGGGAGAGGGCAAGGGGUUUAAGCUGGAUGAGGGGCAGAUGGAUACUUGCAUUGCCAUCCGUACCAUGCUUGUCAAGAAGGGUGUCGCCUAUCUCCAGGCCGGUGGCGGUAUUGUCUUUGACAGCGAAAAGACCGAGGAGUGGAUGGAAACUAUGAACAAGUUGGCGGCUAACCUCAGGUGUAUCGAGCAGGCUGAGAAGUACUAUGGUGAUGGAGCCGGCACGAAGUCGGUUCAGGACAUCAUCGACGACGAGAGGAGAAAGGGAGAUGAGUAUUACUCCAGCCUUCAAACCACCAGCGCUGGGGCUUAA